CUGUAGCUGGCGGAAGAGGAGUCCAGCCCAGCCCCAGCCCAGCCCAGCCCCAGCGUCUCUCCGCCCGCCCAGGGGAACGACAGGAGGAAGGAAGGAAGCCAGGAGGGGGGAAAAAGGAGAAAAGAAAGGGAAAGGGGGAAAAGACGACCGCGAUGGCCGCCAAGUCGGACGGCGUGCUGAAGAUGAAGAAGAGCGAUGUGGCGUUCACGCCCCUGCAGAACUCGGACCACUCGGGCUCGGUGCCGGGGCUGGCUCCAAGCUCGAGGCCGGGCUCGGGAAGCGGUGAGGCGGACUUCACCCGCGGCGAGGCGCGCUGCUGCGGUCCCGAACACUCGACCUGUUUGCGGCUCGGCGGGGAGCGGAGGAGCUACGGGGCCUGGGACGGCCUGUGGCUGGUGGCCGCCGCGACCGUGUAUUUCGCCGACGUGGCCACCGACGUGUGGCUGGCCGUCGACUACUACCUGCGGCGAGAUUACUGGUGGUUCGGCCUGACCCUGUUCUUCGUGGCGCUCGGUUCCAUCUCGGUUCAGGUGUUCAGCUUCCGCUGGUUCGUGCACGAUUUCAGCACCGCGGAGAGCGACAGCGCGCUACCCGACAGCGGCAGCAGGACUAACGAGAAGCGCUCGGCAUCCUGCUCCUUCUGCAUCUGGCUCUCCCAGUCCGUCAUCCACAUCCUGCAGCUCGGACAGAUCUGGAGGUACCUCCACACCAUCUACCUGGGCAUCCGGAGCCGGCGGAGCGGAGAGAACGACCGCUGGAGGUUUUACUGGAGGAUGGUGUACGAGUACGCCGAUGUCAGCAUGCUCCACCUGCUGGCCACCUUCCUGGAGAGCGCUCCUCAGCUGGUCCUCCAGCUCUGCAUAAUCAUACAGACCCACAAGCUCCAGGCCGUCCAAGGAAUGACCGCGGCCGCCUCCCUGGUGUCCCUGGCCUGGGCCCUGGCGUCCUACCAGAAGGCCUUACGGGACUCGCGCGACGACAAGAAACCCGCCAGCUACCUGGCCGUGAUCAUCCAGUUCUGCUGGCACUUCUUCACCAUCGCCGCCCGCGUGGUGACCUUCGCCCUCUUCGCCUCGGUGUUCCAGCUCUACUUCGGCAUCUUCAUCGUCCUGCACUGGUGCAUCAUGACCUUCUGGAUCGUUCACUGCGAGACCGAGUUCUGCGUCAGCAAGUGGGAGGAGAUCGUCUUCGACAUGGUGGUGGGCAUCAUCUACAUCUUCAGCUGGUUCAACGUCAAGGAGGGGCGCACACGCUGCCGACUGUUCAUCUACUAUCUGGUCAUCCUGCUGGAAAACGCGGCGCUCAGCGCUCUCUGGUAUCUGUACCGGCUGCCGGUUGGCACCGACGCCUUCGCCGUCCCCGCCCUGUGCGUCAUUUUCUCCAGCUUCUUCACGGGCAUCGUUUUCAUGCUCAUGUACUACACUUUCUUCCACCCUAACGGCUCGCGGUUCGGGCGCUCGGCCAGCCUGAGCCAGCUGGACGACGCCAACGUGACCACCGGAUUCGCCAUGCCGACCGAAAAUGCCACCAACUCCUUACGCUCCAACAGAGGCGGCACGCUGGGCAGGGACGCCGAUCGGGACGCCAAAUACAGCGAGCGAGACGGCUGCGCGCCCGUCUUUCAGGUCCGCCCCACCGCCCCGUCCACGCCGUCCUCCCGCGCCCCCCGCGUGGACGAAACCGUGAUCAGAAUAGACGUGUGCAGGAACAGAUACCCGGCCUGGGAGCGCCACGUCCUGGACCGGGGUAUACGCAGGGCCAUACUGAGCAUCGCUAACUCGCCCACGGCGCCCCGGCUGCUCUACAAGGACGACAUGCUCGUCCAGGAGCGCCUGGAAUACGAGACCACGUUGUAGCUCGGCCCCCCCGCGGAGAAACGCUUUCACUUGAUAGCUUAGGAUCCAUUUACAGCAGGACUGUGGCAAUAACACGACGGGACCUUCACGCGCACAGAUUCAGCCAUGAUGUUGAUUAUCGUGGAUUACAAGGCGGGAAAACAUAUAAAAAUAUGUAUAUAUGGAACAAAAAAAGAAAAAGGCACAACA